GGCCAUCUUCCUUUAACAGCAACGACUCUCUCGAGACACAGCCAGUGGACAUCAUGGGUGUGCCAACCCCCACUGAGGAUCCCGGUCCACCCGAGAACAUGGCCCCCGAGACAGCUCGUCGCCUGUAUCAAGGCGGCACCAGAACUCUUCAAAUGGCCCCGGCCCCAGAACAGGCCCAGGCCAAGAAGAAACCCGAACGCCUUGAGCCGGCCCCGAAGACGCCCCCACGCCGCAGACCGCCGACUUCUCCAGAAGGCUCACCGGCCCCGAAGACUCCUGAACGCCCCAGAGCGGCCCCGCAUAGUCCAGAAGCACCAGCCCCGAAGAGUCCCGAACGCCUCCCAGCCCCGACGGUUGGCCCAGCUGCCCCAAAGGGUCCCUUUCCGAAUGGUGUGGAACGCCCGCCGGCCCCCAAUCCCGAACGCCCGGCCCCGAAUGCUGUGGAAUGCCCACUGGCCCCUAAGACUCCCGAACGCCUGCCCGUCAGUGCUGGUGACGCUGCUGGUAGUGGUGAAAAGUUCACUCCCGACGCUGAGGUCAAGCUCAUUUCGCCGACAACGCGUGCUGAGCAGCUGGUCUUGAGAACCAGUGCGAAAAAGAACAAGAAGGGCAAGAAGAGGGUUUCCCGCAGCAAGGGCAACAAGAAGCGUUCCCGUGCUGUAACCUCACCCAGCGGACGCCGAAGGAGUUUGUUGAAGAAGCGACGGCGCUCAGCUUCGUUUGCCGAUCCCGAGGCUACAGCAGGCCCUGAUGAGGCUGAGAAGUUGGGCCAUGAGCACGAGGCGGGCGAGGACGGCGAUUGGGCUCCCGAGCCUGAUGCUAAGGUUCUUGCAAGCAAGCCGUCCCGAAAAGGGAAGGCCAAAGCGACGAAGGCGGCAUCGGGCGAUGAUGAGGCUGUCAGUGGCAAGCCGAAGCGUGAUACCAAUGCAAGGCUGUUGAUGAUUAGUUUCGCAAGGGAGUUCUACGAGCAUCGUCACGAUUCAAUUGCUCAGUUCAAGCUGCGGAUUUGUGAGGUGUUGCCCGAGGCCACGAGGUAUAAAGUGGCCUUGCUGAACAAGUACUGGACUCGAUACUCUUGUGGGGUGACCAUCAAGGAGACCAGGAAGGACAUCACAUCUUUCCACAUCCCACACAGCAAGGUUUUGCCGAACCUUCGCUUGUGUGUGACGUUCCGUUGUGCACUGCUGCUAGUGCAGUUCUUGGACAUGCUCUUCCUGUGUGAGGAUUGCCCGAACACAGGGCUUUCCUACCGCGAGUUGGGUGUCGAACACCUGGUCCAGACCAGUGUGGUCAAGGAGUUCAUCGAAGCGCUGAAGCAAGACGGCCAGGAAGCUGUCGAGGAGAUGGCCGAGCAGUGGGAGAUGUGA